CUACGGUUCAUUCACUAGUACUAAGAGGAGUGAAAAACAUCCGUGGCGCACUGACGCACCGAGUUCGGCACCAAAACAAGCCUCACAGCGGAGUGGCACAUUGUGGAGUACAGUGUCGGUUGAGGAGAGGACGCCUGCUUUGGAUAUUAGUCUUCCCCCUUUUCACCUUUUGGAUAACUUGGAGAUUGGAAACGCUUCUCUGGACGCGUUUGACGCACGGAUACUUAGAUCUCCCCCGGAGUGGAGGAUUUAUUUGUGUUUUAGGGUUUUUUUCCCUCGCCAAAUUGUUUUUCUUGGUGUAAAUUCUUAGGAAUAAAAGGGUUUUUUAUUUGUUGGUGACGCUGCUGUCCUGGAGAAACGAGAAGGAUGGCAGCCUGGUUCACCUUUACCAUUGCAUUCAGCACCACGUUAAUAUCGCAGGUAUGUGCUUCUGGAGUUUUUGAGCUGGAUCUUCACGAAUUUAAAAACCUUAAAGGUUUGCUGGCGAACGGGAACGUAUGCAAGCCCAGCUGCAGGACUUAUUUUAAAAUUUGCUUGAAGAACUACCAGGCUGUGGUCUCGCCGGGUGACUGCAUCUUUGGGAGUACAAUGACACCGGUGCUGGGUACAAACUCUUUCAGCGCCAAGGACAGUGGCACUUUACAGGGGCCGAUCCAGAUCCCGUUCAAGUUCGGAUGGCCGGGGUCAUUUUCAUUAAUAAUUGAAGCAUGGCAUUCACCUUUUGGAAAUCUACCUGUAGAAACCAACAACCCAGACUUUAUGAUUAGCUCCUUUGCCACCCAAAAACAGCUGGGUGUAGGAACUGACUGGUCCCAAGAUACACAAACUGGAGCGCAGACAGAGCUGAGAUAUUCCUACAGGUUCGUCUGCAAUGAGAGCUACUACGGGGAAAGUUGUUCCAAAAAAUGCACGCCCAGAGACGAUCGCUUUGGACACUACACCUGCACCAGAGAUGGACAGCUUUCCUGUCUCCCAGGCUGGAAAGGGAAAUACUGCGAAGAACCUAUUUGUCUUGAGGGUUGCAGUGAAAGGAACGGAAACUGCUCCAAACCCGGGGAGUGUUUAUGCAGAGAAGGCUGGCAGGGCACUUUCUGUGACGAGUGUAAGAAGCAUCCAAACUGUAAGCACGGUACCUGCCAGCUGCCGUGGCAGUGCGACUGCCAGGAGGGCUGGGGAGGCAUAUUUUGUGACCAAGAUCUGAACUUCUGCACCCAUCACCGGCCCUGUUUGAACGGCGCCACCUGCAUGAACACGGGCCAAGGGAGCUAUACGUGCACGUGUUUGCCUGGAUACACGGGGGUUAACUGUGACCUGGAGAUGCAGGAGUGCGACAGCAACCCCUGCAGAAAUGGAGGGACAUGCGCAACUCUAGAGGGCGGCUACAUCUGCAAAUGUCCUAAAGGGUUUGAGGGCUCCCACUGUGAGCACAACCUGCUGACAUGCGCCGACUCUCCGUGUUUCCAAGGCGGUAAAUGCUGGGAGAAAUACAAUGGCCGCAGCUACAAGUGCGAGUGUCCCCCUGGAUUCACUGGACUCAACUGUGAGAAGAGAGUGGACAAGUGCACGUCGCUUCCCUGUGCUAAUGGUGGACUGUGUGUGCUCCAAGGAGGCAUGCGUAUGUGUAGCUGCCGUACGGGAUUCCUCGGACAACGCUGCGAAAUAAACGUCAAUGAAUGCGUUGGUAAACCCUGCCUUAAUGGAGGCACCUGCCAAGACAGAAUCAACGACUACUUCUGCGUUUGUCCUGCGGGAUAUGGAGGACGUAACUGUGACAGAGUCCUGAAUGAGUGUUCCCUCCAACCUUGCCUCAAUGGAGGCAGUUGCACUGGAGGCGGCGGGCCAGGAAAGUCUCCAGCAAAUUGCGUCUGCCCUCCAGGCUUCACCGGACCUCGUUGUGAAUCCCUUGCUACCUUCGCCUCUCCGGAUACGGGCGAAGACGGCUUCCAGUGGGCAGCUGUCUCUUUGGCUGUGGGUCUGGUGGCACUGCUCGUGUUGUUGUGCAUGGUGGGCUUGGCCUUGCGGCACAUCCACAGACAUACACGAAGCCGAGCGGGCGAAACAGAGACCAUGAACAACUUUACAAAAGUUCCGGGGGAUAACCUGAUCCCAACAUGCCAGCUGAAAAACACCAACCAGAAACUCAGCCUGGAGGUGGACUGCGAUUCAGAGAAAUCAAACUUCAUCCAUAAAAACUAUCACUUGGACCCUUACGAUUCUAAAUCGAAACAGUUCAAGGACGAAACUUCGCAAGAGGAUAAAAGCCUUAUUUAUGGGAAGUGUUUAGAAGAUAAAAUGCCUUUGAGUAGAGUGUACAGUGAAAAGCCAGAGUGUAGAAUAUCUACAAUAUGUUCUUCAAGAGACUCUAUGUACCAGUCGGUAUUUGUUAUAGCAGAGGAGAGGAGGGAAUGCAUUAUAGCAACUGAGGUAUAAAUGAUGAGGGGUCAGAAAAUGUUUGGACGGAGACACAAUCGAGGCAGAAUUGAAUAUAUUCUGGAUUGUUUACAAAUGCCGAUAAAGGAGGACUGGACUGGAGAUCGUUUUAGAUGUUCAACCGCUGCUCUGGGAUGCUUAAAAACUGGAGAGGGACACAACUAAACAAAGAACUGAUUGAUUUUACAGAGUGUGUGUGCAAAGCGUGUACAGUGCAGGACCUUUUCCAGUCGUGUCAAUGGUCUAGAGAAGAGACAGGCUACACGAUACAUGAAGACUGCUGGAGCAUCUGUGAAAUGCUCGCUCAUUAUCUUGGCCAACUUGGACAGUAGAAGGAGGUGGAAGAAGUGGAUUAUUGCCCCACGUGUCUGACCUGGCCUUAUUCGAUAAUCAUGACUUUGAAAGCCAACCAAUCAGUGAAAAACAGUGCCUAAGAUUUGACCCUUUUCAAAUCACCCCCCAGCCCCUAUUCCCAAAUCUCACUCCUGCCAGCUUUGCCUGCUAUGCAAGACUCAGGGUCGAAAGGAGUGAACCCGCCCGGCCCGCCGUCACGAUCCAACUUCAGCAACGGUGACAGAAAAGCUACAAGGAAUCUUCAACUGUCAAUCGUGUGAAAAUGACUGGUUGUGGUUUGUUGGCGUGCGGGUGGUGAUUGUAUGCAGCCCAAGUUCACUAGAAGCCUUAAAAGAGGGGGUUUUCAGUGUGUGCCCUUGUCUGUUCUUGGUUCAUUUGCACUACAAGAAAAAUAAAUAAAAAGCAGCGAGGGAAAACACGUUUUGAAUCAAAGGGAAAAUCACAGGAGCCCAACAGUCAGUGCAGUGCCAGCAGGAUCCUAAAGAACAAACACAUAGAAAACACGUUUUUAUGCAAAAUAGAAAAUGAGGAGAAAAGACUGUCACACCACUGCCUGCCUAUAAUAACGAUUCAAAAGCAGAAGAACCAAUAAUGUCAUUUUUUUAUUAUUAUUUCCAGAGUUUAAUUUAAAUACGACACUGUUCUUUACAUGUUUUAUAAUAUUAUUUUGUAUAUAAUGCAUAUUUAUAAGGACCAAACUUCUGAAGAAUAAAACUUCCUUGCAAACUGUUUGUCAGUAAACGGAAAGAGGGGAUUAUUUUUGAUGUGUUUUUAAAAUAAUGACACUGAAAACAAAUGA